AUCUGUUCACUUUGAUCUAGAGUUUGCCCUGAAAGGAUAAUAAUAUGUAUGAAUAAUCGAGACAAGGUGAUUCAAUUAAGAAGUUUCUAAAUGAUGCUUUUGAACAGAUGAUAAACAGUUAGACAAUAUUAACAUAUAAGCAACAUUUCAAGCAACGACUUUAGUUAAAAAACGUGAUAAAACAAAUUAAUGAUAAAUCUAUUUCCAUUCGAGAGAUUCGCCAAUUUCACUGUAAAUCAACCAGUUAACCAACAUGGAUUUUGCAAAUAUUCAUAUUUUAGUGUGUGUUUAUGUACUUCAAUUCACAAUGGGUCUUGUGUACGAAGUUGUCAGUCCCACUAUGGAUGAAUUGAAAGCUGUAACCAGCUCGAGUGAUGAAAAAAUGGCGUUAAUUUAUUCGCUAAGAUCGACUGGAUAUGUUUUCGGAUCACUGAUAGGAGGUCGCAUUUACCAGUUCACGAUUCCUCUGUUAUCUCUAUGUUGUGCCGUUUGCAUCAAUUCAGUGACCAUUGGAUUAGCUGGUCAAACAUAUAACAUAAAACUACUCUUUUCAAUUUUCUUCAUAAAUGGAUUCACAACUGGAAUGAUGGAUGUAGGCACCAAUGUUUGGAUUCUCCGACUAUUUUCAGAUCGAAGUGGGCCCUACAUAAUGGCUCUUGUAACUAGCUUUUCACUCGGAACUGUCUUAGCGCCAUUGUACACCGCACAUUUCCUCCAGGAGUUUCCAUCGCCAGGAGAAACAUCCAAAAUUUACAUUCCCUACUUGAUAACAUGUGUGUUUGAAUUAGUCGCACUCGUUGGUUUAAUUUACUUACUCAUCAAACAGUCGUUUUUACGGUACGAGAAGAGAAACUUUUUUGCUCGUCGGGAAAAAAAUUAUGCUGAUGGGAACACUGAUGAACCAAGCAAUCAGGAAUCGACCAGUUUAAACAUGAAAAUCAUCAUCUUUCUUGCACUUUGCAUGAUUAUGGUCUACAGUGGAAUGGAGAUUAUUUGGUCUGAGUAUUUGAUUCCAAUGUUGAAUCGCAGUAAACUAAAUUUAUCAAGCUCAACAACUGCAAAAAUUAAGUCGACUUCCAAUGCAGCACAUGCCAUUGGUAAAAUUGUUUUCAUUGGUGUCACUGCCUUCAUUCGUCCUGAUCAAAUAAUAUUGUUUGAUUCAACGAUAAUUACUAUUUCCACCAUCAUGCUACUCAUCUUCUACAAUUCUUCUUCAACGGGAAUCUGGAUUUUCAGUGUUCUCUUCGGAAUUGGAACAUCAUCUCUCUAUCCGUCAAUUUAUCCCUUCAUUCAAACAUUCAUUGCUGUUGAUUAUAUCAAAGGAUCUUACCUCAUUUGUGCAAGUAGUCUAACCGAUGUAAUAGCUCCAAUUUUGAUUGGAAAUCACCUGGAAUCGACUCCAAACUUGAUUCUCUAUCUCGAACUGGUCACAAUGGCCAUAGUCUUUGCUUCCACAUUUUCCAUAAAAAUUCUCGGUUCGCGGCUACUUUCACAUGAAUCAAUCAAUAACAAUGAAAAUGGUGCAUACCAGUUAAGAUGAGAUCUUCCAUUUAAGUUGAAACUUCGAUCGCAUUUUGUUCAGCUAUGGAAGGAGAUGUUUUCGCGAAACUUAUUUUUCUGAUGUAAUUUUGCAUGAUUAACUAGAAAAUUUAAUUAUUUUGAGAAGUUUAUUUCUUCUUUUUCUGUAAAACAGAUUAGUUCGAUUCGUAGUUAAACCGAUCUGUUUCUGAGACCGUUUUAGUUAGAGAGUUGAAACUUAUUUUACUUCGAUAAAAACUGUUGCUACAUAUGCAUGACCAGAUAUUUUUGCCAAUUUAUCAAUAGUACUCUUGAUUUUGGCCAUUUGCAAUUAAACUUUAAGUCUCAAUAUCCCGAGCAUGGCAUCGCCUACAAUCAUAAUUGCUUCACUAAUAUUAGCAUUUUUUAAUAAAUAAUUCAAUUCAACUUAAUAA